CUUUCCCUUUCCUCACUGUAUCGCGAGACACGGAGGCUGGGGCAGCAGGCACAGAAAUAUUCAUAUUUUAACAACAACAAUAACAAUAAAAUAAUAACAAAAACAACAGCCUUGCGGUUCGUUCGGCCACCGAGAAGCGGGCGGGAUACGUGGCACGACGGGCGCGAAGGGGGGGAACUGCCGGAGCAAACGAAUGAAAGGCAACGAUCAUAAGGCUAAGUUAUAUUAUUAAUGGCCAGCUAGCGCUAGCCGCUACCAGGUAACUGGUUAAUAACGAGAGGCGAACAUGGACGGGCGUUAGUGAGCUACGCGGGAAAAGGCGGAUCCCGGCCCCGGGGACGAGGCGACUGGUCUGCGGGGCACUCGGUCUGCCUUAGAGGAGGGAGGCAGAGUGCAGCUCUCCCAAACAAGGCCCAUUUCCUCUCUCCCUUCCUUGGUGAGCAGGGGGGAGACUUCAUGCCUGAACUUUGCAUGGCUCCUCAAUGACCAUUGUGGCUCCUGAGCCGGUUUGGGGGUCGCUCUGUUUGACCUGUCCCUAGUACCCCUACAUCAGGUCAGUGUACCGCCAGAAAAGCCAGCGAGCACGUUCGAUGAAGCGAGGCUGCAGUGACGUCCCUCCAUCACCGGCUUCAGCCUUUAAUCCAAGUCACUUGACAGAACCAUGAACGGCUCGCUGCUCACACCUCCUAGCCCACGUGCCUCGAACGCCUCUCCUCUUCCCCCAUCUCCUUCUCCCUCCCCGCCUUCACCCUCGCUGCUGCCCCCACCGCCGCCCCCUCCGCCAGCGCAGUCGUCCUCGCUGUCGGACACGCCCACGCCGUCGCCGUCACCAUCACUCAGCUGGACAGACUUCUGUGAGCUCCAUGCUCGCUUGGCGGCUGGCGACUUUGCCCGGCACUUCCGGGCGUUCCUCCUGGAGAACCCGCACUACUCUGCAGACUCGGCCGGUGCCUUCUGCCGCCGCUUCACGGACAGGUUUGUGCGCCACUUCCAGAGCGAGCUGGAGGGCCGAGUGACACCCAAGGAGGCGGGAGGCUGGGUGCCCAAUUCCGAUGCCACCUCUCUGGAGGAGGAGGAGCUCUCGCCCCCUCUGGUCCCGGAGACCACACCCACCUGCCCAGUAACUCACUUGCGACCAACACCCAAGGCGCUGCCAAUCCGGGUGGUGCAUGACGUGCGGGUGGUGGACAGAUACCCCACCUCGUACCAGGACACCUACGCCCACACCCAGAUCCUCCCUCCAUCCUCCUCUUCCUCCUGCUCCUCCUCCAUGGGUGGGAACAAUGGCGGGCGGGCGGACGCGGGCAUCUCGUCGAGGCCGGCCCUUGGACACGUUGUGGGGAAUGGCGAGGAGGAAGAUGAAGGGAGCUGGGUAGGGCCAGUGGGAGAUGAUGCGGAUGCAGAGAGGGAAGUAUGCCUGGGUGGAGCCAAUGCCUGUCCGUCAACGGUGACCCUGCCCCCCUCGGCAUCCUCCAAGGGCAAUGGCAUGGUUGGCGGGAGCCACUCCAAGAGCAAGCUGAAGAAGCGCUUUUCCCUGCGGAAUGUGGGCCGCAGCGUGAGGGGCAGCGUGCGUGGCAUCCUGCACUGGCGCAGCUCUUCAGGGGACAGCCUGCAGACCCCCCCCAGCUCCAGCUACAGCUACACCAUGGGCACCCAGGAUGGCAAGAGGGGCUCCGGCUCCCAGCCGCAGACACCCAGCGCCCUGCCUGUCUCCCUCUCCCUGCCGCUGGCCAUGCCGCACUCCUCCUCUUCCUCCCUGCCACCGUCCUCCUCCAGCAGCGCCACCUCCCUGUCCCUCUCGGAGGCCCGGGACCGGCGAAGGAGCAAUGGGGAAAGUGGUGUGGGAGAGAGGGAGAAAUGGAGCCACCGGCUGGAAAAGCUGCGGCUGUCCCGUUCACCGCCGCCACCACCGCUGCCCACGUCGUCCUCUCUGUCGACAGCUACGCCAGCGCCCGGGGGGCCCAAGAAAGCAGGCCGGCUGGUGCGGGAGGGCGGUGUCAACGUCAGUUCCUCCUCUGAUGAGCUGUCCGCCCCCAGCGGCCAUGGCUUUGCCGGCUUCUCCUUUGCACUGCACCACCUGCACCACGGGUCCGAGGUGUCCGGCGCCACCCAAGCCGGCACGGGGCUGUCCCUGGGGGCGGGCUGGCGGGCUGGGCGCUGGCAGAAGUGCCGCCUGGUCCUGAGGGAGUGGGAGAAGGACGGAGGCGAGCGAGGGGAGGAGUAUUUCCUGGAGUUUUUCAUUCCUCCAAAGGCCUCGAAGCCCAGGGUGACUGUUCCCUGCUCCUCCAUUCUGGAUGUGAGGAGUACCACUGCCCUGGAGGUGCCUGACAAGGAGAACACGUUUCUGCUGCAGGUAGAGGAUGCCGUACACUACAUGGUGGAGACCCGGGACGCAGGCCAGAUGAAGGCCUGGCUGACUGACAUCAGAAAUGGCAUUAGCCUGAGUGAGCAGGAGGACAUGGAAGGCACGUGUGCACCUGUCCAGACGGAGAUCAGCGGGACUCCUGAGUUCAAUGACCGCCUCUCGCAAGUAUGUUAUAGGGGAGUUGGUGGUUCAUCCCCAGUCCUGGAGCCCCUCCCCCCAGAACUGCCCCCACGUGCCCCUCUCGAUGAAUCGGAGAGCCGGCUUCUGGGUGGGGGAGGGGCCAACCUGGGCACUCCAUUUGCUGAGACGCCUGAUGCUACAGGCUCCUUCCUUUUCUCGGACGUGGCAGCGCCCACCCCAGAGACCCUGGAGCAUCCGCUCAGUGAGUGCCAGUGGUUCCAUGGUACCCUGUCCCGGCUGCGGGCGGCCCAGCUAGUCCUGGCGGGUGGCCCCGCCAGCCACGGCGUGUUCCUGGUACGGCAGAGUGAGACCCGCCGUGGAGAGUACGUCCUCACCUUCAACUUCCAGGGCAAAGCCAAGCACCUGCGUCUCUCCCUGAACGAGGACGGCCAGUGUCGGGUCCAGCACCUCUGGUUCCAGUCCAUCUUUGACAUGCUGGAGCACUUCCGGGUCCACCCCAUCCCCUUGGAGUCUGGGGGGGCCUCUGAUGUCACACUCAUCAGCUUUGUGGGGGCCACCGCUAUACGGCAGCCAGACUUGACCAGCAGACCCCGUAGCCCCCCACAACCACCACCCCCUCCCCCACCCCCUGGUCGGCCACCACCCCCUACCCCACCUCAGGAGCGGCGAGAUGAGGCGGAGACCGCCGGACCGGGGGCUGUGGCGGUGAGCGGAGGGACGGAGGACUGUGAGGAGAGAGAGAGGGAUCGGGAGAGGGAGGCCGCCCUGCGGCAGCUGGAGGACAGUGAGGAGAGGGAGGCCGGCAGAGCCAGAGCCAUCGACAACCAGUACUCCUUCUUCUGACAGCUAGGCAACAAGCGGGAGGCGACCAACAGCCAUCGACAACCAGUAUUUUUCUUUGUGUAAAAGACUGAGGGCGUAAAGGAGGUACUAACACUAUUAAAAUAUGUAUCCUAAGGGAUGCUGUGAGACAGCAGGAGGAGGGGAGAAAGAGAGAGAGACAGAGAGAGAACGUAGAGAAUAGCUUUCCAGAUAAAACACUAAAGUCGCACUGCUAACCGGGGGCCCAUAAGCAGUAAUAGCACUAAUAAUGAAGUUCAGUUGUACUGGCUAGAGAGGAAGAUGUUUACACACUAACCCAGAUCCAACAGUUUAUUAACAACACUGUGUAUUUAUGCAAUUGUCUGUGUGUGUGCAAACGCACACGUCUGUUAGCAUUGCAGGACAAGACAAACUUUGGAAGGAGAAACUCUAAGAUAAGGGGAUCACAUACCUGUAUACCUCUCUCUGUCUCUUACUGUGCUGGUGAAUUGGGGGGAGAACGAGCAGGAAGGAAGAGGAGGAGGGAGAGAAUGUUAUUCAAGAGACAUAGGUUAUUAAUAAUUAUGAUAAUGUCCUCAAUAAUAGCAUUAUAUUUUGUUCUAAAACGCCUUUGUUAUGUUGUUUACUGUUCACGUAUCUCUCGUAUCCCCUGCUCUUUUCAUUUUUUGUGUGCCUUUGUAUUAUUUACCCUCCUUUCAGCCGUCUGUCCCCGUCCUCGCUGUCGUUUUACUUUGCGCUUCGGAGACGUACUCGUGCCUUUGUGUCCCGGCCCUGCGUGCCCCCCAGCCUGUGCCAAUCGCUCUGAGUCCGCAGGCCCGAGUGCCGGACACCUGGCCGCCCGCUCCGUGCCUGCGUUUCAUCCUCACGCUGAGAUUUCCUUGUGCCUUUUCCCCUCUCCGUCUCUCUCUCUCUUUCUCUGUGUUGGGACCGUGUGUUCAGGGGGACACUGUCGUCCUCUCUGUGUGAUUAGAGCUUCAGGUACUACAUUGACUUCUAAUUAUAUAAAAUAUGAUAUAAUAUAAUUAUACUGAAAUA